GUGUACUAUUUGGACUCAAUUGGAGAGAAGCCAUCAGAAGAUCUGUCACUAAUUGUGAACCAGGGAGUGAAAAUUCAUCAUGCCUCGGUUUCUAAGAAGAGGUUAUCUCUGAAUUGGGUAACAGUCAUGUGCCCUAAGCAAACUGGUUCUAUGGAAUGUGGAUACUUCUUGAUGAAGUACAUGAGUGACAUUGUUUGUGAUGUUAACGUCCUGAAAAAGAAUUUCUCAACAAUAAAGAACUACUCUGAACAAGACAUCUUGCAAGUGCGUGAGGAGUGGGCAGCAUAUGCAACAAAAUUGGUCCUAAAAUGCGGUUGAUUUUGAAUGGUGGUCUGGUGAAGAUCAAUUCUUGUACUUUUGGUGUGAAGGAAUAUGUGCAACUGUUUUGCCUGUUACAUUGAAAACUUCAUGUUGAAUUGUAGGUUCAUGUUUUGUGGAAUGUAAAACUAUUAUGCAAUGCCCCGGUUAAUUGUGGCGUCAUUUUUGCUUGAAACUGAAAA